AUGUCGUGGCUUUUUGGAUCUUCCAGCGGUAAGUCUAACCCGCCUACACAACCCCAAUCUGCAGUCAUCGCGGACCUGGCGCAUUUCAAGGACUAUCAGUCGCAAUGCGCAAGGAAAGCUACCCCCGCCCCUGCAGAGACCCAGACGAAGCCGGCCCAGACCGACAAGCCCAAGCCCUGCUGCGUCUGCAAGGAUGAGAAGACCGCCCGCGAUGACUGCAUGCUCUUUUCCAAAUCCGAUGAUCCCGCCAAGGAGUGCCAGUCUACCAUCGACCAGUACAAGACCUGCAUGGCCGGCUUUGGUUUCAAGGUCUAG